AUGGCCAGCGUGGAGCAGCGUGAAGGCAGCAUCCAGGUGCAGGGCCAGAACCUCUUCUACCGAGAGGCACUUCCAGGCGGUGGGCAGGCUGCCCGAUUCUCUGUGCUGCUGCUGCAUGGCAUUCGCUUCUCCUCAGAGACCUGGCAGAAACUGGGCACGCUGCAUAAACUGGCCCAGGCCGGCUACCGCGCAGUCGCCAUUGACCUACCAGGUCUGGGGCGCUCCAAGGAAGCAGAAGCCCCUGCUCCUACUGGGGAGCUUGCCCCUAGCAGCUUCCUGGCGGCAGUGGUGGAUGCCUUGGCUUUGGGCCCCCCGGUUGUGGUCAGCCCAUCAUUGAGUGGCAUGUACUCCCUGCCUUUCGUCACAGCCUCUGGCUCCCAGCUCCGAGGCUACGUGCCUGUGGCCCCCAUCUGCACCGACAAAAUCAAAGCUGCAGACUAUGGCAGUGUGAAGACCCCAGCUCUGAUUGUAUAUGGAGACCAGGACCCCAUGGGCCAGACCAGCUUUGAGAACUUGAAGCAGAUUCCCAACCACCGGGUGCUGGUCAUGGAGGGGGCCGGACACCCCUGUUACCUGGACAAGCCUGAAGAGUGGCACUCGGGGCUGCUGGACUUCCUGCAGGGGCUGGCAUAA